AUGGCACCCCCUAAGCCUUCAGUGCAGACUCAGAUGUUGCUGAAUCGGAUGGAGGAACGUUUCCAUCAGGAAGACAUGCGCUGGGAUGCGCGGUAUCAUCAGGAGGAUGAGCAUUGGGAGCAGGUGAACGAGAAUUUCGACCUUCUGUUCGCUCGGGUGGAUUCUCUGGGUACCAAUCAAAACAAGUUGGAAGCACAGAUGGAUUUUGGGAACAAGGUCAUGGAGCAGAUGCUCCGGGACCAACAGCUUCUGGCCAAGCAGCUUGAGCUUACUGGUGAGGCCGUGGCUCGUAUCACUCUGAAUCAUCAUCCUUCUCCAGAUGCUGAGGCGGAACCUCCAAGCCCGACCAACACGCAUCGAUCGGGUCCUUCGUUUCGUCAACAAAGGCCCCCUCCAGGUGGUACUAACCCUCGUAUUUGGAAGUCUAAGUGUGUGGAUUAUUUCACGUUGUGUAACAUUGAUGAAGCGUUUUGGACCAUUGCGGCUUCUCUGAGUAUGGAUGGUAAUGCAGCUAAGUGGCUACAGGUCUAUAAGAAGAAAUAUGGAUUAGGGGAUUGGGAUUCGUUUAUGACAGCAGUUGAGCAGAAGUUUGGUGUUCAUGAUUAUCGUGAUGCCAUGGAGGAAUUGUUGGAACUCAAGCAAACCUCUACUGUGGAAGAAUAUGCCCUGGCCUUUGAGAACCUUCAGUUUGAAGUCUCUAUGCACAAUGAUGGUUUUGAUGAUACAUUCUUUGUUUCCCAGUUUGUCAAAGGUUUACGCACGGAUAUUGGUACUGGAGUUCAAGCACAUGUUCCCCGAACCGUGGAUCAGGCAGUUUUGCUAGCAAAACGGCAACAGUUUGUGUUGGACAAAGGUAAACAGCAAGGCUCCAGGUCCUCCACUCAGCCUCGUUUUCAGUCUACCACACAGAAAUCUGAGGGGAAAUCCACUGGUCACCAAUCUUCUCUGUGGAAAGAACAACAAACUCUCAACUACAGGAAGGCCAAUAAUCUGUGUUAUUAUUGUGGGGACAAAUUCGAUCCUGCUCAUAUUACUGUCUGCACUCAGGGUCCUAAAGCUCAAGCAAAUGCUAUGGUGGUCAAUGAUCUGGAUAUGCCUUUGACAGAAGAGAUCCUCUCUCAGCUGGAAUUGGAAGAUUCUAUUGCUGCUGAUUUUGGCCAGUUAUCUCUUAAUGCCAUUGCUGGUACUGAUAUUGGUCACGCCAUGAAAAUCAAGGCAUUGGUCCAUAACAAGGUGAUGCUCACCCUCAUUGAUAGUGGCAGUUCCCAUAGUUUUGUUAGCUCUGCUUUCUUGAACAGAUUAGGCAUUACUCCUGUCCCUGCUCCUCCCAAACAAGUAAAGCUGCCCAAUGGAGAAAUUCUGUUGUCUGACCAUAUGGUUCCUAAUUUCUGCUGGUGGUCUAGUGGUCAUACUUUGCAUACUGACUUGAGAGUUUUGGACAUGACAACUUAUGAUGCCAUACUUGGUUAUGACUGGCUCAAACCACAUUCUCCUAUGAUCUGUGACGGGGAAGCAAGAACUCUGGAAUUUCAGGAGCAUGGUAAAACAGUUAAGCUCCAAGGGAUGUGCCCUGCUCAGCAGACUAUUCCCCCUAUGUCUGCUAAAUCUUUGGUCAAAAGUUAUCAAGCUAAUGAUAUUUGGGCUAUGGUGUUGGUCACUCAUGAUGAUUCUGUCAGUUCCGAGUGCCCACCAGAAUCUGUCCAACAUUUGCUUCACAAGUACAAAGAUGUGUUUGAUGCUCCACAUGCAUUACCCCCAACCAGAUUUUAUGACCAUACAAUUCCACUAGUUCCUGGAGCUGUUCCGGUUAAUGCUAAGCCUUACAGGUAUUCCCCACAUCACAAAGAUGAGAUUGAAAGGCAAGUUAAAGAAAUGCUUUCUGCUGGGUUGGUGGUUCCUAGUACCAGUCCCUUUGCAUCACCUGUGCUCCUCAUCCAAAAGAAGGAUGGGAGUUGGCGUUUUUGUGUGGAUUAUAGGAGGCUCAAUGAACUUACUAUCAAGAAUAGAUUUCCCAUGCCCAUCAUUGAAGAGAUUUUGGAGGAAUUGGCUGGAAGCAAAUACUUCUCCAAGCUGGACAUGACAUCUGGUUAUCAUCAUGUUAGGAUGAAUCCUACUGAUGAAUACAAAAUGGCAUUCAAAACUCAUCAUGGUCAUUAUCAAUUUAGAGUGAUGCCUUUUGGCCUUACUAAUGCACCAGCUACUUUCCAAUGCAUCAUGAAUGAAGUACUAGAACCUUUUCUGAGGAAGUUUGUCAUGGUCUUUCUGGAUGACAUUUUAAUCUACAGUCCAACUCUAGAAGCCCAUGUUUCACAUUUGGACCAAGUGUUUCAGAAGCUGCAUGAGCACAAACUGUACAUGAAACCUAGUAAGUGCUCCUUUGCAGAACCACAGUUGGAAUAUUUGGGACACAUCAUUUCAGGAGCUGGAGUCUCUACUGAUCCUAGUAAGACCAGUGCCAUGUUGGAAUGGCCCACACCACUUUCUGUUACAGAUUUGAGAGGCUUCUUGGGCUUAACGGGGUAUUAUAGAAGAUUUGUAAAGAACUAUGGGAUCAUUGCUAAACCCCUUACUGCUCUAUUACAGAAAAACAAAUUUGUCUGGUCCGCUACUGCUCAACAGGCUUUUGAUCUUUUGAAAACUGCUAUGGCUACUACCCCAGUCUUGGCUUUGCCCAAUUUUCAUGAACCUUUUGAAGUAGAAACUGAUGCUUCAAACAUUGGAAUUGGUGCUGUUUUGAUGCAAAAAGGUCAACCAGUUGCUUUCCUUAGCAAAGCUUUAGGUCCUACACAUUCCCACCUUUCCAUUUAUGAGAAAGAAUUCUUAGCUUUGAUUAUGGCUGUGGAAAAGUGGCGACAGUAUCUUCAGAGACAAGAAUUUUUCAUCAUCACUGACCACAAAAGUUUGUCCUUCCUCAAUGAGCAGAAUUUGCAUUCUGACAUGCAGAGAAAGGCCAUGACCAGACUCAUGGGUCUGCAGUUUAAAGUAGUAUACAAAAGGGGUAAAGAAAAUCUGGCUGCUGAUGCUCUUUCAAGGUUGGGCCACUUAAUGGCUAUUCAGUCAAUCUCCUCAGUGCAACCUGUCUGGGUUCAGGAAGUUCUCAACUCCUAUGCUAUUGAUGCUCAGGCCAAAGCAUUGCUAUCUCGUUUGGCUAUUUCAAGUCCUGAUGCUCAGGGCUAUUCUCUGCAGACUGGACUUAUUCGAUUCAAGGAUAAGAUUUGGAUUGGCUCUAACUCAGCACUUCAAACAAAACUGAUUGCUGCUCUGCAUUCCAGUGCAGUGGGAGGUCACUCUGGCCAGUUGGCUACUUACCACAGAGUUAAGAAACUUUUUAGCUGGAAGGGGUUAAAAAAAGAUGUAGAGGAAUUUGUCAAACAAUGUCUGGGAGUUUGGCAGGACAUUUCUUUGGAUUUCAUCGAGGGCAUCCCCAAAUCUGAUGGUCAUGAGGUCAUUUUAGUGGUGGUCGACAGGUUCACGAAGUAUGCUCAUUUCUUUGCUCUUAAACACCCUUAUUCGGCUAUUACAGUGGCUAAAGUGCUGUAUGAUGGAGUGAUUAAAUUGCAUGUUCCACCAGACGCCACUCCACAAGUGUCUGAAUUCAUGUCUAGCCGUGACCUGCACAUGCAGUUGCUUAAGGACCAUCUUCUGAAGGCUCAAACUCGCAUGAAACUUUAUGCAGAUAAGAACCGUCAUGAUGUGGUUUUUCAAGUGGGUGAUUCAGUCCUGCUCAAGCUUCAACCCUAUGCUCAAUCAUCUCUGUUACAUGCAGCUGAGGUGAUUCUAGAACAGAUUUUGGACAGGCGUUUGGUCCAGAAAGGAGGAACCGUCGUUCCACAAGUGCUGAUCAAAUGGAAGACUCUGCCACCUUCUUCAGCAACAUGGGAAGAAUACUACGUGAUCAAGCAAAGCUUUCCGGAUGCUCUUGCUUGGGGACAAGCAAGUGAACGAGCGGGGGGAGAUGUCGCGGCUGUAUCGAUGUAG